UGCGCAGUGGUGUGCGCUGGCGCGCGCGCGUCACGGCCACGCCACCGCGCAUCGCUCCGCUGUCAAAGUCCGUGAAGUGUAAGCGAUGGUGGCACGCAGCAGCAGCACGCGCCUCUGGUGAGCAGAACAGCACAGCGUUAAGGUUACGCACCUUUACGGCCGCGCGCGUGCGUUUUCUAGACUUAACUGCGGGGUACUUUCUGCCACACGUUUUUUUUUUCUCUCUCUCCUUUUCUUUCUAUCCGUCCCGCGCCAUCCAUCAUCUGCCCUCUACCUCCCCACCACCUCCGCGCGCCACCAUUGCCUCCAAAAGUCACACGAGCGUUCUAACGCGCGCUUCUCGGGUGCUACAGAGGAAGCGCGUGGUGGGUGCCGUGGUGGGGCUCGCCAUGGCGCUCGCGCUGGUUGUCGCUAUCCCGCUGCUGGUCCAGGCCACCAAGAUCUCCGCGCAUUACGAGAUGAUGGGCACGUGCCGUAUGAUCUGCGACCCCUACAGCCCCAAACCGAGCGCCACGGCGCUGGAGGUGAUGCAGGACCUGGGCGCUAUCCCACCGCCGCCACCCCCCUCCUUCUCCCGCGGGACCAAAGGAGAGCCCGGUAGACCUGGUAAACCCGGGCCAAGAGGUCCUCCCGGAGAACCGGGACCGCCCGGUCCGCGCGGGCCGCCGGGUGACCGCGGAGACGCGGGGAAACCCAAUCUCAUCGGGAUCACGCCGGGCACCACCAAGAGCGGGGAGUCCGGGGAGGUGGGCUCCGCGCUGGGCAGCAUCAAAAUAGCCUUUUACGUGGGGCUAAAGAACCCGCACGAGGGCUACGAGGUGCUCCGCUUUGAUGACGUGGUGACGAACCUGGGCAAUCACUACGACCCCACCACGGGCAAGUUCACGUGUCAAGUGUCCGGGAUUUACUUCUUCACCUACCAUGUGCUGAUGCGCGGAGGAGACGGCACGAGCAUGUGGGCAGAUCUGUGCAAAAACGGACAGGUCCGUGCCAGUGCCAUUGCGCAGGACGCGGACCAAAACUACGACUAUGCGAGCAACAGUGUGGUGCUGCACCUGGACUCAGGCGAUGAAAUCUAUGUGAAACUGGAUGGUGGGAAGGCACACGGCGGAAACAACAACAAAUACAGCACCUUCUCUGGGUUCAUUCUCUACCCAGACUGAGUGCUCUGGUUGCUGAACAGACAGACUCUCCAGCAGCAGCAGCUCUUUUUCCACAUAUGUGGGGAUGAGGACAGUCCAACAUGAGAAAGGCCAUGCAGUGUAACCAGUGAGAAAUCAUUUGUCUGAAUGUGUUCUUUUUCUGUUUGACAAUGUGUUGUGUGUGUGUGUCGGUGUGAUGUGUGGGACAUAUGUAAAGCUAUAUAUGGAAAAAAAAUAUUCAGUAAAGGUAACGAGUGAAGAGUGAGGUGUGUAAGUUAUUAUUCAUUGUCAGGAGCGAGGUGUCUGAGAUGUUAAUAUAGGUCUAUCUGUUAUACUCCAGGAUUUUGAUGGCUGGCUAGGUUAUAUGAUGUCUUGUCCUGUAGCAUAACCCUUACUCAGCACUGUCUAUAUUUAUUUAUGUACUUCAAUAAAUUAUGUUUUGUAUAACUGGUUUCUUUGUGUGAGUAUCAGAGAUAUAAACUGUUUUAAAUAUACACUUAUUGUCAAAGUAAUAGUACCUCAAAGAAAGGGUCAAAUUGCAAUCCUAUUCGGAAGGAAGAUAAAGGUGCAGGAACAACAACAACAAAAAAAAGAUUCUGAAUUUAGACAAGUAUGAGCAACUCUUAGUGUGUAAUGCAUGUGUAAUGCAUGUGUAAACCAACAUUCCAGAUGCCUCAGCGUGGAGUUUUAGAGAUUCCCAAUGGUUUCCUGCAAUAUCCAUCCCAUGCAACUUAAACAUAUCUGGACAGGGGUGAAGUGUUGAUAUUGUGUCCUACAGAUAAGUCUGAUACAGUGGCCGGCCAUGACUUAAAAUCUGUGUCUUCAGGUCAAUCUCUUGAGACAGCAGCAGUAUUCAGACGAGCAUUGUCCUGUUGGAACUGCGCUAUGGAGUACGCAUUUAGA